AUGCACCAUCAUAAGCAUAAUACGCACCACCACCAUACGUUGGUGUCGCAGCGCAGCAGCGGCUCGGGCUCGGGCUCGGCCAGCGGCGGCGGCUCGUCCUCGUCGCCGUCGCCGCCGUCGUCGUCGCCGUCGCCGUCGGGCGAACGGCCGCCGACGCCGCCGCCGCCCGCGCCCCAGCCCUGCGCCUACAUCUACCGCAAC